UACCUCAUCAAAUAAAUCCUCUGCAACAUGAAUUCAUGAAGAGACAGAAAGGAGCUCUACAGAAGGCAAGGAAUCCUCAGCUCUCUCAUUAGACCAUGGAACGUGAGACAUCCUGUGGAAGGAGCCCUCUGUCUCUCUCAUUCUCUGGGGGUGGUUUUCUGUGCAUAUACCAGAUUGGAGUGGUCCAAGCCCUCCUUGACCUGGCCCCAGAAAUCUUGAAGUCCGCACCACAGGUGUAUGGAUCAUCAGCGGGGUGUCUGGCUGCAGCUGCUGUGGUCUUCAAUGUCGAUCUAGAUAAGCUAAAGAAAAGUAGUCUUGGAUGCAGCCGCUGAAGCUAGGAAAACCAUACUUGGGCCUUUUUUUCCAACCUUUAAUUUGGCAACAAUUUUCGGAAAGCUCUCCUCGACUUGUUGCCUGAAAACGCACAUGAAAUUGGAACCGGAAGAUUCUUUGUUGCUCUCACACGUCUAUCAGAUGGAGAAGCCAUACUGGCUUCUGAAAUACAACUCAAAAGAAGAAGUCAUUGAGGUUAUAAUCUGUGGUUGUUUUGUUCCUUUUUACUUUGGGUUUGUGCCACCUACGUUCCGAGGAGUGAGAUAUGUUGACGGUGGGAUUACAAACUUCCACCCAUUCUUCGAUGGAAAGUCUAUGAUAACGAUAUCCCCGUUCACAGGGGAGAUUGACAUCUGCCCCAGAGAUUGUCCUGUCGGCCAUCUAUGCGUUAAUAUUUUCAAUACCAGCUUCUUGUACUCGAUCCAGAACAUGUGUAGAGUGGUCCAAACUUUAUUCCCACCAACAACAACUGUACUGAAGAGUUUUUACUUCCAAGGUUAUAAAGAUGCAUUUCUCUAUCUAAUUUCCAUUGGCAAAAUCGAUCAAUCCACGCCUUGUAUAUACAACCACAUAAAGGAUUCACGAAGCGUACAUGUUCUAAAAGAAGACCAAAAUGAUAAUUGGAAAAUGGUUUAUUGAUCUCUAAAUCCUUAACUUUCACUCAAAAAUCCAAACCUUUUGCAUACAGCAGGAUGCUGAGCAGUGCAACAGGUAUCUUGUGUGCAAGCCAUGAAUAUGCAAUACUGACACAAACUGUUGUACAUAAUUUAUGUUCUAUUUGCUCCAUAUACUGAGAAUCUGUUCUACAGUUAUCUACUGGUCACUCACUGUAUUAUAAGACUGGUACUAUGGUAAUGGUGACAGCACUGAUGUUUCUUUAAAACCUAUAAACUAUUUUGAAUC